AUGCCUGCUGAUGAUCCGUUUGCUUUCCUGCCUGCCGAGCAGCCCAAGCCUAUGAAGAAGACCUCCCUUUGGAGAGAGAAGCUGUUCUCCAAGGAUAAGAACAAGGGUGCUGUGCCAGACAAACAAAUCGAAGACUUCCUUGCCUCAAACCGCCCCCGGACCGAAUCCCCUAUCGCGACCAAGGCAGAUCCUAGUCGACCCCCGCCCACCGUAUCCACUCAUCGAAUUCCUUCCUCCCACAAUGUCUCCAGCGCACAACCUCACCCACCUUCCGCGACCGAGAGCUAUGUCGCCUUCAGUCCGAUAGCAGAAACCCAAUCUCAGUAUUCCCAGAAACCCCAAAGGCCUCAAUCCCAGCUACCCCCGCAGCCUCAACCCCAGCAGCUGUCGCGGACCAAAACCCGGCGAAAGAACAAGGGACUUCGAGUGGGCUUCUCCGACCGAGCGCCUGAAGUUAUUGGGGAGGGAGGAGAUGAAUCGGAGGCACCUACCAUCGAGAUCUCAUGGUCUCGACAACGUGCGCGUGACCGACAGGCGACACAAGUCAAGCGCGCACCGUCGCGCUCUCCAAACCCGUCGAGAGACCUGCCGAAUCUGCGGGUGAACACAUCGCUGGGCGAUGGGAAUGAAACAAACCUCCCGCAAGACCUGCAGAGUGGGACAUCGCCAAGCCGAAAGCCGCUAGUCGAAAGCUCCAGCGAUGUAGACCUCUUGAAUACCCUCCAUAUAACCAAACCUGGCUCCCGUCUGUCCUUCCGAGGCUCGCCAGAUUCGCAUUCGUUCGCGGAGCGGGUGCGGAAUCAGAUGCAGGUGGAGGAAGCGCGAGCUUUGCACAAUCGGUACAACGAUGGCUCAUCCCCGGUGGAUGACGACGAGUACGAGGAUGAAGAUCUGUCGAGCCCCGUUCAACCUUCACACAGUCCCCACAGUCGCAGUCCCCAUAGCAAUCACGAGUCAGAAUCACUCUAUGAUACCCCCAUUUCGUAUACAUCCAAUGCGCCUUCGGUCAAAUCGAUCGUCCACUCGAUUCGAAACCCUCCAAGCCCGGUAGUCAGUCGCAAUACUACCAAUCUCAGUCCAGUCGACCCGCGACUACCCCCUCAACUAACACCUGGGAGCCCAGGAAAGGUCGUACCAACACCACCCAAAUUUCCUACCCAGACUUCUCCAGUGGCCCCUCAAGCUACGCCUCAGAUCCCUCAGGUCCCUCCCCAGGCUCCUUCACAGGCCCUUACCCGGGAACCUUCUACAAUGAACCGACUUGGUUCUAGUGAGGCGAGUCGCGAACCAUCGCGAAGCCCCCAACCACCCAAAUUCUCGCUGCGGAAUGUGGCUGCUCAAGUCGGUGACACUGCAUUUACAGAAUUUAAAGGCUAUGUCGCCCGGUACGACAGUCUUCUUCGACUCGCUGCAGAGAGUGUCAAACCGCUUAUGGAGACAUCCUUGGCGGAAUGGAUCCGGGCCUCGAUUUGGUGGUUUUUGCGGGGAAAGACACGGCUGGAGACCUAUGCGCGCACUCGGGCCAAUUGUCCCCCUAGCUACGCGAAACAAGCCGUUAUUGAUCUUGGGAAGGCAUUCUGGAUCAAUGAAAACAUUGUACCAGUUCAUCCCGAGCUCUCCAGGUAUGGUCAGCAGAUGGGAAUUGACGCCCUCUUGGCUGUUGCCAAUACAACGGGUGAUAAGGAGAUGGUGGAUCUUCUCAGUCUGCAUCAGACCACCCUCAACCAUUUGCGGUCGCUGUCCAUGUCGAUCAAGCGCAAUAAUAUCAUUGCCCUCAUCGAUGAAGACGAUGCAUCUCCGAACCAUCUGGACACCAGUGUCUGGCUACGCUAUCCGUUCUUUGCACCAGAUGUGUCGGCGGUGCUAUCCGGAUCGGCCAAGAGAUCUAUGUUGGCCGACAAACCGGGAAAGGCACCAAGUAUGGCCUACACGAUGCCCCUCGGAGACACGUCUCGCUACUUUAGCUAUGGCAGCAUGUUCGUUCAGGCCUCUGUGAGCUCCAGCGAGGAUGAUAGUCAACAGUAUUCCAUGCCAUGUUGCCUUGCCAUUAUUCGGGAGCGGGCAGACUGGUACGUCUUCGCAGCGAUCACGAGCCAAAGCCAGCUUGUCAAUGUCAUGAUCCAAUCCGAUCGCAAACAGGGACCUACUUGGGAAGAUGUGGAAUGGCAAGCCCGUACCUACUCUAUGCGAGUCAAGCUCCCUCGAGGAUUCGAAUUGGAUGUGAUGUUCAAGGAGGAAGAUUUCAAAACCCUCUGGAACAUCGUCAAGUACACCCAGAAAUCUGAGGCGAGUCUUGCCCCAGAGGCGGGCGAAACCGUUGUGUAUGAAAACACAGUGAAAGUGUUCCAAUACAUGGACCCGGGAACUACCAAGGCUUUCCCACCCGAGCCAUUGGAGCGUUGUCGAAUUCGCUUGUUCGAGCGAUCGGUUACAAUCAAGGAAGGCACUGGAACGCGAAAUGCGCACCGUGGAUUCCGAUUGACCGUUCUGACUAGCCCCAAGGUGAAAACACUCAGCAGUGUGAAGCAUCUCCUAGCCCAUGGAACACCCGUGGUGUUUGGUCUUCUGAGAGGAGAAGAUGGGUCUCCUGCGCUUGUUCUGAAGGUCACGGAAGACGGCCGCACAAGAUCUAUGCUCUUGACUUUCCACGACGUAGAAGAACGCACUAAGAUGCAUGCCGUGUUGUUGGGCAUGGCCCCGCGCGAGUUGGAGUCUAAGGGUCGCGAAAUUCCUCUCCGGUCUUAUGUCAUUGAAGAACCAGCCGACCAAGCAAGCGGCAGGUCAGCUGUCACCCAUCUACAGUUCCCAGCUGGAAACGUUUUCGUGAUUGAUCAGACACACUCGUAUGUGGACCAUGGCUACGGCGCAACAAUCCUGUCGGAGACCCUACGUGCCUUUAUCGCUUCGGAAUGGGGAUCUGUUACAGAUCGCAUCAAUUUAGGACCCGGAGAGCUCAAGAUUGGCCUAGAUGUCAAUCGGAAGACUGGAAUGAGCUUGUUUCGACCAGCCCAGCAGGAUCUGACGGUUUCGCUGGCGGACAACCUCAUUAAGCCAGAGCUGCCGGGGCAAGUAGCAGGCUUUCUUGAGAAGGCCACUACCACGCCAAUGGUCCGUCGAUUGGAAUUUGCUUCUAUGAAUGAUCUACAUUCCUUUGAAGAAGCGGUCACUGGGUUCCGUGUCAUCUAUGACGGUAAUGCUUCAUGUUUUGCUAUCUCUCGCCGUCGCAGCGUGGUUCCGAUUUACAAGAAAUGGGAGGCCAAUCUCGCACGCAUUCAGAUCGUGAAACAAGAGAAGAUCGUUCAGCUAGUUGCUUUCUUUUCAGAUUUCCAGCAUGGUACUUGCAUGAACUUCAUCCUCAAAGGCACUGAUCAUAUCGAGUCUUUUGGCCGAUCUGGCAAGUUCGGAAUUCGCAUUGUGGAUGCCAAAUUUGCACUUCCAAAGAAGGACGAUGAUGCGGCCUCCAACUUCGUGUGUCUGGACAUGCCCGAGUAUCCAAUCGAACAUGACGACCUCACUAUUACGUUCGAUUCGGAAGUUGACCGCACCAAUUUCAAGGUGGCUUUACCUGGAUCUGUCCGCGAACCCUCUCGCAUGGGAUCCCUGCGAAGAUGA